GCUGGACGGCAGGGCGGGCUGGAGAAGCGACCGAAGAGCGAGAGGCACUACCGGUAGCUGGCAGCCCUGGAGGACCCCGAGCCUGCGGAUCGGCCGGAAGUGCCUGAGGACGAUGAGGAUGAGGAGGAGGCACUGCCGCAUUCCGAAGCCGUGGAUGUGUUCCAAGAAGGUCUCGCCAUGGUGGUGCAAGAUCCGCUGCUCUGCGACCUUCCGAUCCAGGUCACUUUAGAAGAGGUCAACUCUCAGAUCGCACUGGAAUAUGGCCAAGCAAUGACAGUCCGAGUGUGCAAGAUGGAUGGAGAGGUAAUGCCUGUGGUCGUCGUACAGAAUGCCACGGUCCUGGACCUGAAGAAGGCUAUCCAGAGAUACAUGCAGCUCAAGCAGGAGCGGGAAGGAGGCAUUCAGCACAUCAGCUGGUCGUACGUGUGGCGGACGUACCAUCUGACCUCAGCUGGGGAGAAGCUCACAGAGGACAGGAAGAAGCUCCGAGAUUAUGGUAUCCGGAAUCGAGACGAGGUUUCCUUUAUCAAGAAGCUUAGGCAAAAGUGAUCCCCAGACGGAGUGAUCUAACCUCUCCCAGCAAGAUGGCCCCCUCCCCUUGUCCUCACAGGAAAGGGUGUUGAGGUAGCUGCAUCCCUGGGUUGCCCGGAUGGAGCUGUCAGCGUGAGCCCUGGAGCCCUCGGAACGUGAAAAGUUCCUCUGUCCCUCGCUUUUCCUGUGAACUCAGCCUGUAGAUCCUACAUGAUGGUGGGGCUGGCCUACAGAAUAAACCUGUUUGCUUUGUA